AUGGAGUUCCCCUUUGCUAUGAUCACCUAUGCGAACAAGGAGGAUCUGGUAGCUGCUGAAGCAGGUCGUGAUGAAGUGCGGGUGCAGGCCAAGAAGGAGAAUGGGAUGACGUCAAUGCGAUCCAACUCGGUGGACUUGAGUAAGAUCAUGAUCCCAUCACCACCCCGAGGGGCCUUGGACCAUGAGGAUGUCAUGGGCAAACCUGUGUGGCUGAAGAUUAGGCUGAGCCGUGAUGAUGGAAGCCAUGAUUGGAUCAUGUGCAUGGGCGAGCUGGCUGGCUAUACGCCCGGAGGAGUUCGAGGCGAUCGGAAGUUGGAGAUCUACGUCAAGCGGGAGACGCCUGAACAGUAUGCAGGACAUCAAGAAGAAGCUCCCUACUUUGGUGCUCAGGGCACAGUGCUGGCUACAUCAAAGGGGAGAUAUGGCCUAGCUGGCCAGCGGAAGCAGAGCUGGGAGGAUGAGGCCAAGCAGAAGGUGGAGCGUGAGGCGCUGAUGGAGAGUGAGGUGACUGGCGAGGGUAUCAUUGAGGCCUGCGUGACAGCCACGAGCUCGGGGCAGACGCAACAGGAGGUCUACGUUCACAAGAACUGCGUAAAGCAGAACGACCAGGUCGAGAUCGCGAUUAAAAUCCUCAAGGAGAUGAAUGGAAUCGCCCGGCCAGAUACGAAGGCCAGCGUCAAGCAGCUGGACACAGCGCUGGAGCGGCCUAAUGCCCUGGACAAGAAGAACCAGAGUUCACCUGAGAAGCUCUUCCCAGUCCACUAUGGAGGCAAAGCCGAAGAUGGGAACCUGAGCCGCCCAGCCGAGAAUAGCUUAAACGUCCCUUUGAUUGCAAACGACGGGAUUGUGUGGCAGCUGUUCGGACUGGGAGGAAAACUCGAUGACACACUCGCGCCGGAGCAGGUGAAGGACUUGCUCACGCAUGCGGGACUGCCAAAGAUCUAUGCAGGAGAUGUCGAGCUGCUGCAGAAGAGGUUCCUGAAGACCUUUAAGCUACAUGUCUCGUGCCUCAUCGACAUCAGGACGCAGGCUUACGGUGUGGAGAAAAAGGGCUUGGUGAAGAGUUUAGAAAAGAUCUCGUCUGAAGGUACCGAGCAUGUCGCCCAGCGCGCCUUCGUGUCAUUGUUGGCGCUGCAAGACCCAAAGCCGGUCGGGGCGACACUCGAAAAGCUUGGCCAAGCUGAGAAGGCCAAGGCUGGCAACGAGCAAGUGAAGCUGAAGCCAGAGUGGCAAGAGCAGCGAAUCCUUUGGUCGCCCGAUGGCUUCUUUUGCUGGCUUUGCCAAGCUGGGCCUUCACCAGAAGCCAACAUGCAGCAGCAUGUGGAGUCAGCGCAGCACCAGAGGAAGCUGGUCUUGGCUGGUCUGAAGGAGGACCACAAGAUCUUGCCUCCGGUGCCCAAGGACUAUGAGGAGCGUGGGAUCACUAUCAGUCCGAGCUCAGAUGGCACUUUGCAGUACACCUGCAAGCUGUGCAAAGCAGGACCUUUUUCCACGCUGGAGAGUGUGAAGAGCCACUUGGGCGGAUCCAAACACAGUUCCAAAGAGGGCCGUGAGCCGGACUUGCAGCUGACCCCAGAAUUGAUCAAGGAGGGCUUCCUCCUUGAGGAGGGCGAGGACGGCGCUUCUGUCGCGCGCUGUGCGCGCUGCGAUGCGGGGCCCUUCAAAGACCGCCAAUCCUUGAGGCAGCACCGGCUGUCCAUGCAGCACCGCGAGGUGGAAGUGGACGCGGAGAUGGAAGAACAGCUUGGAUACUUGCCCGGCUACGUCCAACUCAUUGGCAAUACCUUCUGCUGCUACAUUUGUGAUGUCUCAUCUUGUACACUUGAUGGGAUGCUGCAACACCUCUCUGGCAAGAGCCACCGGAAGACCUGUGUCCUCCUCGAGCAACCGGAGCCCAUCAUCCUUUGCAAAGAGCUGGUCCCUGCCGAGGUGCUGAGGAGCUAUCCACUUCAGGGUCGGCUGCGCCAUGCGCAGACCUUGGAACCGAUUUGGCGCCAGGAUGCGCAACGGUGGGCCGCCGAAGGGCCGCAGAAGGCACCCAAAGGACCAUCAGUCCAGGGGCCUCAACUGCCCCGUGCCAUGGUCGCCAAGGAGGAUGUGUGCAGCGAUCCUGAAGCAGAGCUCAUGGGUGCCAAGUGUGGGGAGAAGUUCACGGUGCUGGCAGAGGAAGAUGACAAGGUCUGGGCUGCCAGGGAAGGAGGUGGUGAAGGAUGGAUGCUGAAAUCGCAGCUGGUGAAGAAGCUUCCGCCUUGGAAGCUGAAGGGGAAGCCUUCCAAGGAGCCGCCGCCGCUUCGGCGCAUGGUGGCGACCCGCGCCGUCGAAGCCGGCCGCGGCCUGCUGAGCUUGGUGGAGGGACAAGAGGCCACAUGGGUGAGCGAUGGCGGGUAG